GUCCCCAACAGGAUGGGUUUCUCCACUGUUCUCAUUGGCCUCCUGUUGAUCAUGGUAAAGAUCAUACCAGACCCAGGCAUGUCAUACAAUAUAACUUCCAACAAUUCCAGCUUCCCAGUAUAUUUACCAGGCAUGUCAAACCUUACCAUUUCAAGCCAGUUCAACGAGUCCAGCUUCCCAAUAUAUUUACCAGUGUCAGGAAGCUGUGCUGCUCCUGAAUUGUGCUGUCCUUUAGAAAAUGAUAGCUGCAAUAAUAAUGGCUGUUUCUGUGAUGUGGCUUGCCUGAGAUUCCAUGACUGCUGUCCUGACUUCAUAUCCACCUGUGUCACAGGCAUGUCAUACAAUACAACUAAUACAACUAACAACCCAUCCAGCUUCCCAACAUAUUUACCAGGAAGCUGUAAGGCAGCACCUGCUCUCUGCUGUGGUGGAUAUAACCUUAGUUGCUUUCGAGGCUGCUUCUGUGAUGAAGCCUGUGUGAGCUUUGGGGACUGCUGCUCAGACUACAACAGCACAUGCAAAGGUUUGCCUGAUGUGCUCAUUGUGAACGUGCGACUUAGAGCUAGUCUGGACAAACCAGAGGAAGCAGUUCUUUACACGGCUUCUCAAGCUCUGGGGGAAAUUUUAAAAAAUUAUAGUGAUGUUUUUUCGCUUCUAAUCCUGAAAAUCAAAAAAACAUGA